UAAGAGUAAACGGAGACCUUCACUCAGGAGCAGCGCACAAAGUGCAGAAGAAAAUCCACCUUGUUUUGGUUUGAAGUGAUCUGGCUCCUGUAUGCGUCCGAAUCGGGGAAGUUUCUCUUGACCAUCUGCGGCCACUUUUAUUUUGGCAAUAUUUAGGUGAAGAUGGAGGCUCUGAAGUUUGUAGUGGUCCUGCUGGUGGUCGUGUUCGUGCAGGUUUUGGGCGCGCUGGGGACUCCGCUCUCCGGCGAAGAGGACGACGGGGACAUCUUGACCGUGGAGAACUGGCAGGGCUACCCGCUAGAGAGAGGAAUAACCAUUCGGCUGGCAGACCUCAUCAAGCGGUCCAAAGCACAGCAGUUCCACGGGCUGAUGGGAAGAAGCUCGGGUGUGUCUCAGCCUGUGAGGCUCGGGAGGAAAAGAAAUAAAGGGGAGAUGUUUGUAGGACUCAUGGGCAGACGGAGUUUAGAUGGAGACGUGGAGGAGGGGUGGAAAUCUGACUCUUACUAAAGAUGAACAUGGAACUUCACCUUAACCAUUCAUACAGCUUUGAUUCAACCAUAAUGUCCGAUACAGUCCUAUGUUGUUGACCAACAGGACUUAAGAGUAUUACACACUCUGACCAGGACAGAUGUUCUAAACGUCUGUUCCAAUUAAAAUCAACUUAAUUAAAGCUGCUACAAAUCACUGAGAUCAUUGCUUAUCCAUCACGGUUGAACUAUAAUCUAUAUUGUUAUCAAUAAUAUUUAGUAUAUUUAAAACUAUGUACAUGUAAGCCUUAUGUCUUUUAAGGGAGUUUGCUUAUUUCAUGCCAAAUCAAUUAAAGCUGAUUACAUUA